AUGCAUAUUUUACCAACGAAGAUGGGAUACCUAGUUUCAGGAAAACCCAAAAUUGAGAAUAAUUAUGCCUUCCAAGUUUCUCAACCACUUCCAGAUGACGAGGAUCCAAUGGGAAGUGCUUUGGUUGAUGGACACAAUACAACAAUGUCGAGUCUCUCAGAGAGUGACAUAUCCCAUAAAGAGAAGGAUAAAUGGGACCCUAGAUGGGACACGCACUUGAAUCGUUCAUUGGAUGCAAUAUAUACGUCUCGACGGACGAAAGAGAUCUUCCAAGACCUGGACAUGAAUGUGCGCAAAUUCUCAUCCAGCAAUCACCUUUUAAUUUUGGAUGGAAUAGAGUACAUCGACGAGACUGACGAAAACAGCGCGGAGGUUCUGGGACUCUCUUGGGAAUGUGAAGGACGGCACGAUUGCAUCACAUCAUGCCACGUUCCGGAUACUCCAUCACUGACCAAAAAGAGUAUUACAAUUGCGGCAAUUGGGAUCCCAGAAGUUGUGCAGGUUUUCACCCAGAAAAUCCCGAGAUUUCGCGCAUCCAGGAACACGCAAGUCUUCUUGUUGCCUUCACAGAUGGCACUUCGUCAAUCUUACCUAUGUCAGCACGAUAAAGCAUCGCUUAUCAUGGCCGGAUCUAAACUUCCACCCCUUCAUGGGCAGCAUACAAUUCCAGAAGCUGGAACUAAAUGCUGCAACUUUGUCCAUGAAACCCUCCCACCAUGUCUUUACCAGCUGAAGGACACGCUCAGUAUCCAGGGAAUUUACUUGUUCUCUGACGCUGAGAUAGUGUUGAGCUGGCUAAAGCGGGAAACCAGAACGUGA